AUGGAGAUUGCUCUCACAUCACUUGUUCAUGCUAUCGAGAAAGUCAAAUUCAAGCAUCUAGACACAGUCACCCUGUCCAAUAUUCGCCCAACAGACAUUACGGCUUUAUCUUCUUUGGCGAUGGGCGCGCACCCGGGUUCUGCCAAAAGUCGGUCUAACAUCCGUGUACUGGACAUUACCAUGUCUUCUGGACCCAACCCGAUAGUAGAGAACGACCAGAUGAAACUACUGCGCAAGUACAUCCGCAGUCACAAAGGACUACAUCGAUUUUCGUUCCGCUGGAUCGGCACCAGAGGACCGUCGCCACUGCCUGAGUUGGCAGUCGAGCAAAACACCCAUCCCGCAUUCAGGAACACAGCACUUGCAUCCUCUACACCACUGUUUCCACAUCUCAAACAUUUGACUCUGAGCAAUGUCGUUAUAUCAGCCCUUCACAUCCAGCGCUUGAUGCAGACCCACAAGACCACACUCACCGAAGUCGAGCUCGAGAACGUCGUCCUAGUAGACGGAACCUGGCAUGAUGCGUUGAGUACCACAAACGGCGUAGAACUUGGAACCAAUCCAGUUCUUCCCACAGAACAAGGCGAUGUGCCGAUUAUGCUCGCACCCGGUAUAUUUGCACCUCAUCCUCAGCCAAAAAAGUCCAAAGCAGAACACAGAGGUCAAGCCAGCGAGGCAACCAAUCGAGCAAGGAAGUUACUACUUGCAGAUGAAUAUCAACAGGUGGAGUCGUCUAGCCUCCAAGCCAGAAAAUUCAUCGCCAGAGAUCGAAAGAGGAAGAAGGUGAAAGAGGUCACGACGUCGCCGGUGCAGCAGUUGAAGAGGAAGUGUGGUGAUUUGUUCGGGUGGAAGAUGAAGAAUGGGCCUACGCUGGUCGUUGGCUGA